UCCAUGAAUUUCUGAGCACACGGAUUAGAUUUCCAGCUUCGGUUGCAUAGUUUAAGCGGUAGAAAAGGGUGAUUUCAGUGCUGAGAAUCAUAUUUUAUUCCAGUAACUUGGAACAGCAACAACGCAGAUUGCCAAAGUGUGCUGAAAUCGCGAAGAAGUGGUUAGAUCGCAGAUGUAUUCGAUAGGGAAUCAUCACAAUGAUCAAAGCUUAAAUCUCUAGCUAGAGAACGGAAACUAAUGCAUCUCCUUUUUUCUACUGGAGGAGUCACGUAAGUGUAUGACAGCGUGUUUCAUAUCACAAGAAGCAUUUUCGUCAGUUUCGUAGCACCAAGCAGACAUGAGAGAAAUACCACCCGUUUUCUUCGUCCUGCUCGUCUUUUUCUCGAGUUCUCUCACCGUGGUGUUAUCGGAGGUGAGGUCGUGUUCAAUGCAGCGGCUAACUAUGGUCGGCGGAUUCGAGAACACGAACCGCGCCCUGAGUGGGUCUAUCCUGACCCAGCACAGAGUGAAGAGCGUACGAGAGUGCACAGUUAGGUGCCUCUCCACUGCCGGGUGUGUGUCCUUCAAUUAUGAAAGUGCACCCGUGGGUCUUGCGGGAGGUUUCAGAAGUUGCGAGUUAAAUAACAGUACAGUGUGGACUGCAGGACUCUACCGUCUAGUUCACAGAGAACGUUUUGUAUACUACGAAAAGGUUGAGGAUGGAGGCGCCAUUUUUGUGAAACCGGACUGUGGCGCUGUUCCUAAUGUGACAAACGCAUCAACAAACGUCACGGACUCUACUUACGUGACGUCCGUCACCUACAAGUGCAGUAAUGGGUUCGACGUACAAGGUAGCGACACCAUCUACUGUCAGCCUGACGGGACAUGGGAAACGCCGCCGACCUGCUUAAUCUCGCAGAACUCCAGGUGUGGCAAUAGUCCGGUGGUGGACAAAGCCACCUCGUCACGUGACACAAGUACCGACACGGUUACGUAUACGUGUGAGCCUGGGUACAGGAUAAAUGGAACUAACCCUAUCAGUUGUAUGAUUAACGAUGUGUGGGAACCGGCGCCAAGUUGUGAAGAACGAGGUUUCCCGGUUGCGAUAUCAAUCACCAACAAGGACGUCGUGCAUCCGUCUCUAGGAAAGGACGAAGGCUCCUGGAUGACAGACACUGCCCUGGACAACGGGAUGGUGUACAUUACGGAAAAGUCUCACAAUCCGGGCAAAGUGAUAGAAUACACCUCAGCAAACUUCCCAUACACGAAUCUUCCGAGGGAAAUCGACGUGGAGUGCGACGGGACGACCCACGUUAUACGAGACGGUUAUCUUUUCUGUGGGCAACAUAACAACUUGAACAUCAUGAAGUAUCGCUUGACCGAUGGCCAAGCUUUGACCACCGGUGACUUGCCAAGCGAUGCUGGUGUCCAUGACGUCUACCCGUACACGUGCGCGAGCCACACAGAUAUAGAUGUCGCUGCGGAUGAACAUGGGCUUUGGGUGGUUUAUGCUAAUACGAGUAACAACAUUGUGGUCAGCCGUUUGGAUCCCGAAACACUGGACAUCUCGGACACCAGGGUGAUUUCUGAUCACGCUAAGACCAACACGGCGGAGACGUUUAUCAUCGACGGUGUUUUAUUUGCCAUCAACUCCAGUCCUACAAAUUACGUCAGUUACGUUUACGAUUUAUUUCGCGGGUCUGGAAAAACGCUGACUUCGACAGACUUACCUCUGGCGUCUGGAAGUCUAAGCGCUGAUACCACGUGGGACUCAUUUACCAUGGUGGAUUAUAACCCACGCGAUGGAAAACUCUAUGUUUAUUCGGAAGGAAAAGCGAUCCGGUAUGACGUCACACUUACUUUUUAAAAUGGCAAAUUGAUACGUUACGUCACCGUUAGCGAACGACAGCAAUGGUAUAUUUAAAAGCAAGACAAUAAAUAAAUAAAUGAAACAAAAAAAGAAGGAAAGAGAAAGUAAAAGAAAAAAUCGGAGAAAUUUCAAUGUGAAAUGGUCACAUCGACAGCGGAACAGUAGGCAUGGCGGAUGUUGCGAAACGUGAAGGCGCAAGGCCCCAUCUGAAUGAUUAAAAUGUUAUACCCCCGAGGGGAAUGUUAACUUAAGAGUACGCAAUCUCGUUGCUGACUUGUAAACUGCUUAACAAAAACUAACAGAAAGUCGGCGGUUAUGUUUGUAUUCAAAUAGAAACAAAGUUGAGCAGUUACAUUUUACUUUAUAUCGUAAAGGAACCGAUACAACAAGAGACAGAGGUGCCAAUUGAUUUCCAAUGAUUAACAGUGGACAUUUAUUCAUUACGACAAGGGAACUUAACAUGUUAAUAUACAUUUAAAGCUGUAGACACUGUUGAACCAGCUGUUGGAAGCGUAUAUGGUAUUGGAGACUUUCUCUGGCCAAUAUAAACUUUCAU